AUGGAAUACACCCCAAGAUGCACGAUAACUGACCAAGAUCCAGCGCUAAAGAUAGUAAUGCCACAAGCUAUGCCAACAACUAGGCACAGGUUCUGUAUGUGGCACAUUAUGACAAAAGUAGGGGAGAAGGUAGGGGUUGCAUUGUGGCAUAACACCGACUUCAAGAAGGUGCUAAAUAGUACCGUAUGGGAUGACACAUUGACGGUUGAUGAAUUCGAGAGAAAAUGGGACACACUUAUAAAAGACUACCAACUUGAGGAACACAGAUGGUUUGCCCAAUUGUAUGAAGCACGUGCGUUAUGGAUACCAGCGUACUUCAAUGACAUAGAAAUGGGAGGACUCCUCAGGACAACUUCACGGUCAGAAUCAGAAAACAGCUAUUUUGGUAAAUUUACAAACAACCACAGCAGCUUGGUAGAAUUUAUAGCACAAUUCAACAGUGCCAUCAGAGAGCAGCGUCAUAAGCAAAAACGACUAAUCGCAGAGAAUGAAGGUUCAUACCCUGAAACUAAAACCCCUUUGAGUAUUGAGAAGCACGCUGCUAAAGUGUACACAAUCAACGUAUUCUAUGAAUUCCAAGAAGAGGUAUGGGAAGGCAGUUUCACGUGCCACAUCACCGACAAACCCGUAGGUGACAUACGAACUUACAAAGUUGAGGAAACGGGAGGAAAAAUGUAUGAAGUAACCGAAGCUCCGAACGAGACGAAAAUAGAGUGUGCAUGCAAGAAAUUCACCCGUGUUGGUAUACUAUGCAAACACGUACUAGCAGUUAUGAAGGCAACAGGGUACGAAUCAAUCCCAGAAAGGUAUUUAGUUCCACGAUGGAGAAGAGACGCAUGUGCACACCCAAUACACGAUGUGCCGUGGGCAAAAACUACCAAUAUCCCCACCACAAAUGAAUCAUCAAGAGUAGCCAAUCAACUUUGGAGCGAAUUCUACAACUGCAUGGGAUUAGUUAGUGGUUGGCCUAACAAAAUGGACCAAAUGCUAGCAACCUUGCAACAACUGAAGCAAGACCUACAAAAGGAGCGGCAACAACCACUCGACAGUGGAAACACCGAAACUAUGUUCGAAACACUACUAGGAUCAAGCAAGCCAGGAGACAUACAAAUAAAACCACCAAAGGUCGCAAAGAACAAAGGAAGUGGGAAGAGACUCAAAAGCAACAAAGAGAAAGCAAUCACAAAGACCCAAAAGAAAAAAGAGAGGACAUGCAAUAUAUGCGACCUCCCAGGCCACAACAGCCGCACCUGUCCAGAAAAGGUAGCACCGGACGAAGCUUAG